AGCCGGCGGAGCAGCGCAGCGGACACAGCCUCCGAGAGCGCAAGCAGCAGCGCCCCCACGACCCAGCCCGCCAGCCAGCCUGGAGCCCGGCCUGCCCACGGCCGCGAGCCCGCCGUCCCCAGCGCCCCCGAGCGCCCCGCAGCCUCCCGGCCAGGGAGCCGAAACCCCGCAUUGCGCCCAGCCGCCCCAGCAUGUCCUCGACGGAGAGCCCCGGCCGCACAUCGGACAAGUCUCCGCGCCCGCAGGUGGACCGCCUGCUCGUGGGGCUGCGCUGGCGGCGCCUGGAGGAGCCGCUGGGCUUCAUCAAAGUUCUCCAGUGGCUCUUUGCUAUUUUCGCCUUCGGGUCCUGCGGCUCUUACAGCGGGGAGACGGGAGCCAUGGUUCGCUGCAACAAGGAAGCCAAGGACGUGAGCUCCAUCAUUGUUUCGUUCGGCUAUCCCUUCAGGUUGCACCGGGUCCAGUAUGAGAUGCCGCUCUGUGACGAGGACUCCACCUCCAAAACUAUGCACCUCAUGGGAGACUUCUCUGCCCCGGCAGAGUUCUUUGUGACGCUUGGCAUCUUUUCCUUCUUCUAUACAAUGGCUGCCCUAGUCCUGUACCUGCGCUUCCACAACCUCUACACAGAGAACAAACGCUUCCCAUUGGUGGAUUUCUGUGUGACUGUCUCCUUCACCUUCUUCUGGCUGGUUGCUGCCGCUGCCUGGGGCAAGGGCUUGACCGAUGUCAAAGGGGCCACAAGGCCGUCCAGCCUGACUGCAGCCAUGUCCGUGUGUCAUGGAGAGGAUGCAGUAUGCAGUGCCGGGGCCACACCCUCGAUGGGGCUAGCUAACAUCUCCGUGCUCUUCGGUUUUAUCAACUUCUUCCUGUGGGCUGGAAACUGUUGGUUUGUGUUCAAAGAGACACCGUGGCACGGACAGGGCCAGGACCAGGGCCAGGGCCCCAGCCAGGAGAGUGCAGCGGAACAGGGGGCAGUGGAGAAGCAGUGAACAGCGGGCUGCUCCUGAGCUGGACAGCACCUCUUCAUCUCCGGCUUCCACAGGACCCUCCUCCUCCACCUCCCUUCCCCCCACCAUCCUGGGCUUUGAGAUUUGAGACGAUGGAUGGGUAGGCAUCAGCUAUUGGUAACCUGGGCAGCCCUCUACUGGUCUCCUAACCCCUCACCCCGCUGGAGCUGCAAAUGGCAGGAACUCAGUACUUCUUGUCUACUGCCUGGACUUGGGUAUCUCACUGGGCUUUAAUUUGGCCCUCAAAGAGCCUCUGCUUGCUGCAGGGGAGGGCAGGAAACUAGAGUCCUGAUGCGGGUCUCUAAAAGCUGCCCUGCAGUCUCAGUGCAGUGAGGGGAAGGGAAGUCAUCUGGCAGCCUUACCCUGACUCCUGCAUGGAGGGCCCAGCAGUGACUUGAUGACAUCCCUUAAUGGCUGUCAUCUAGUCUCUGUAUCUUAUCUGUAGCCCUACCAGAGCCCAAUGUGCUCCCCAGUCUCCCCUCUGACCUCUGUUUGCCCAUAGCUCCCACUGUGUGUGAAACAGGGGGACCCUUCACCCUACCUAAGGGUCCACAUGAGGCCCGGACUCAGUGGGAGCAGAUAGAGUUGCCAUUGCGCUGCAACCUUAAGGAAGAACGUCAGGAAAAGUUGCUGGCAGAAUACAUUUUCUGUCCCCUCAGCUCUCCCUGUCCCUCAGCUGGAACACUUUCAGUUGCUCCCUAAACUCUACUUACUUGUGGAACUCCUAACUUCCUUCUCCUCCGUGGACUUGGUUUUGUCUCACACUUAGGAAACAAGAUGAGAAGGCUAGGAAUAUUUCUGCUUCUUUCUCCCAUCCCCACGCCCACCCGCCUAUCAGCCCUCUCCCUUCCCUAACCUUUUGGAGAUGAGACAUUUAAGAUAUUCUUUUUUGAUGUCCGUCCAGGCCUUCCUUUUAUUCCUGGGGCCAUUAGGAGGGCCUAAAGGACCAUCAUUAGGCAGAGGUGCCCAAGAGUCCCAGGACAUAGAUAGAUGGGCCCCCUUGUCCCUUACUGUCUGCUCUUUUUCUCCAGCCAGCGCCUCUUCUAGUCUUUCAUACCUUUCCUUCCUCGUCUUUACAAAACGGUGUUCUCUCUCCUAGCCUUGUCCCUUGCUUCCUUGCGGCAGCCAGACUCCACCCCUCCCCCUCCUGGGCAGCCUGAUGCUAUUGGUGCUUCUUCACUUCGGGACCUAGUUCCAUAUUGUCUUUAGUGUGUCCUCUUCCUGACACUUCCUUCCAUCUCUCCUUGGGCCCCAAGGUCUAAGGGUGCCAACUGGGUGAAUACCAUCGGCCUCCUACCCAGAUCAUAACUCCUUUGGUCUACUCUGGCACCAGGGCUGCUCAGGAAAAGAUGAAGAAGGAAGAAUCCAGCCAUUUCCCAAUGUAGUUCCAAAGAUGAAUGUGUCCUGUGCUAACCUGUCCUCAAGACAGGGCCAACCCCCUCCAACCUCCUUACCUUCCCCAAUGCUACCCACCUCAAGAUGUGUAUUACUUGGGCCCCCAGCACUUAGAACCCUUAACUUUGGGCCAUCCAUUUCUUCUUUGGGUUAUAAUCCCCCACUCGACAGGGAAAGUAUGGUUUUUUUACACACUUCUAGAUGCUUCCGAGCCCUUCAGUAAAAGAAUUUGGAAUUUCUGUUUUCUGUUCUAGAUUUUGGGGAAAUAAUUAAAGGAUGGAAAAAAUUGAUGAGGGCGAGAAUGUUCCUAAAUCUGAAACUGUCUAUCCUAAGUUGUCACCUUGGUUAAGGACAAGGGUGACAGUUUUGUCUACAGCUCUAGAGAUACAAAGAACAAAGGGGUGACCUUCAUUUUUCUCCAAGCAAGCCCCUGUGGGGAUCUGUGAGCAGCUUCUACUCGAACUCUGUUUGGAUUCUGCAUCUAUAUUUAUAAUUUAUUUGAAAUGUGAUGGAUAAGGUGUUCUCUUUUGGGGCCUAAGUUAGCAACUAGCUCAUCAACUGCUUUAGAAAGGGAACUAACUGUCCAUGCCCACUGGGCACUCUCAGCCCAGAGCUCUCUCUAGGGCUGAGAAGGCUCUUCCUCACAAAGAGUCUGGAUGGUUCUUGGCCAGAAGAGCCCUGAUUCAGGCUAUGGCCUCUCUCUCUAUGCUCACCUCAUUACCUCCAGAGGGCUGAGCAGGGGUAAGUGCCAAGGGCAGGGCUGUCCUCACAGGACUCAUGUCGUCUCCAACCAGGGCUGGCACCGCCACUUUGCCUAGUCAGGCCUGAAGUAGGAAAAGGUGUCUGGUUUCUCUAGCUGUUGCAGGAGGCCAACGACCAGAGGACUUGCCCUUUGCCCUGUUCGACUCUGACCAUGUGGAGAUGCCCAUCCAGGAUCUUUCUUAGACACAAGAUCCCUUCAACAUCCUGACCAUGGGUCUCUUAAUUCUGGGACUGCAUAUCAAGGUGGGGGAGAAUGUUGCAUGUUGUUUCCUGGUGCUUGUUAUUACACAGUUGAAUAAACAAUGAUGCAAACAUUUGCCACAAAGAAGUUAA